CCCAUCAUUUGCGCUCCAGUUCUGUACCUCCCCACGGAUUUAGGUUUCGGUCUCGUACAUUACUUCCGGCCGCCACCAAAUUCUUCUGCGCAUCCAAGUAGCGCAACACGAUGUUUUUUUCAUUGUUGGCUUCUGUAUCUAGCAUUGAUCCAGUUUUCUCCACACCGUCUGCCAUCCAUUCCCUACUGCAAUUCGACGGUAAAUGGGACGUUCAUGGCGUCUUCUCCUACACAUACGCAUAUGAGAUCCAGAUUCCGCAUCAGGCAUCAUUCACUGACUUGCUCCAGCAGGAAAUUGCCACAAUGAAGGAGAUGCACAAUACAUCUCGGUUUGAUCCAACUAGAAUUGUUGUUGAUGCCAUUUAUGCCAGCAACAAGGACCUUGAUAUCCAUUUGAAGAUCGACAUGCGAAGGGAGCAUGUAAUUGCAAUGACUUAUAAGAAGGCGUGGUUUGCUAAAGAGAAGGCCCUGGAGAUUUGUUUUGGGACAGUACAAGAAUCAUAUGCUGCUUUGCCAUCCAUGUGUUUUAUGCUCAAACAGGCUAAUCCCGGUUCUUUGAUUGAACUCACUACUACGCCUGACCACUUGUUCAAAGUUAAGCAAGCUCUCAAGCAUCGUCCCGUGGAAUAUAUUGUCUCAGGCAGGCAUGAUGGAAUUAUCAAGGCAGUUAAAUCUAUUUUCCCUAAAGCGAGGCAUGUCCAUUGCAUAUUUCACAUAUUUGGAAACAUCAAGACUAAUUUUCAUGGCUCCGAAAAGUCGUUAUCUUGGAAGUUUUAUGGUGCUGCAAGGGCAGCUUCAGAAGCAGAGUGCGACCGAUAUUUGAAGUAUUUGGAUAGUGAUGACCCUAGGAUUAUUGGUUACCUCAAAGCAAUCAGGAAAGAGAAGUGGGCCAGAUCAUGCUCGAAUCAACGUUAUUCUAUAAUGACCUCUAACCUUGCAGAGUCCGUGAAUAAUAUUGAUGCUGUCCCACGUGAAUACCCAAUUAUACAACUUGUUGAUUUUCUAAUAGGGAGGACCCAAAGGUGGUUCCACGAGCGUAGGGAAUUGGCAAACUCAACAUCAUCUACUUUAACAAAGUUCUACGAGUCGGAGCUUAAUGAACUACAUUUCCCUUCAGCUGUUAUGGAAGUUAGGACAUCUUGUGCAUUCGAGUUCAUUGUCAUUGACAAGAAUGGUCAUUCGUUUGUGGUGAACUUUCAAAACAUGACGUGCACUUGCUGCGAAUUCCAGCUGGACCAUUUUGUGUGUGUUCAUGCGAUCGCUGCUACGCGUUGUCGAAGCAGUUUGUCUUGCUAUGAUUACGUCUCCUCCUUUUACACCACUACUGCAUGGAGAGCUACAUAUUUCGGAAUCAUACACCCCAUCCCAUCUAAAGAAUCUUGGAUUGUUCCCGAUGAGGUCGCAGAGGUUGUUUGCCUCCCAACAUCAUGCGAUAAACGUCCUCCUGGAAGGCCCAAGAAGCGAAGGAUCCCGUCCAAAGGUGAGCAUGCUAAGCGCCAAUCUUGCUCACGGUGCAAAUCAUCGAGCCACAAUAGAAAGACGUGCAGUAAUCCCAUUUCUUUAAGUCGUGCUUGACUCCAUAUCAAGACAUUAUCAAGAAAUUUUUGUGGUUAAU